UUGAAAACGAAACAAACAAACUUAACUUAACUCAACUCAACAGCUAGACAAAAUGAGAUAUUUAAGAAAAUUUCCUUUGUCCAAGACAAGAACAUAUUGUACAGAAAAGCAAUUUGCUAAACCUUAUCAAGAUAUACCAGGACCUAGAGGACCUUUAGGCUUAGGAAACAUCUACAAAUAUCUGCCGGUGGUGGGACAAUAUUCAUGGCAGGCAUUGCAUAAAGCCGGUGCCGAUAAAUACGAAAAAUAUGGCCCAAUUGUUAAAGAAACCAUGGUGCCGGGUGAGGACAUAGUGUGGUUGUAUGAUCCAAAAGAUGUGGCCACUUUGCUAAAUGAAAAAGAUUAUCCCUUGAGGAGAAGUCAUUUGGCUUUGGAAAAAUAUCGUAAAGAUCGGCCUCAUGUGUAUAGAUCAGCCGGCUUAUUGCCAACUAAUGGCCCAGAAUGGUGGCGUUUACGCUCGGAAUUACAAAAAGAAAUCAGUGUUCCCAAAAGUGUGCGUAGCUUUCUGCUAGAAGUAGAUGAAGUUACAAAAGAAUUCUUAGAAUUUGUGCCAAAAAAUCAAACUAUUGAUAUUUUACCCAAAUUGACGAGAUUAAAUUUAGAAUUAACAAGCUUAAUAACGUUUGGUGAACGUUUAAACUCUUUCUCUGAGUUGGAACAAAUGUGUAACUCUAGAUCCAGCAAACUCAUGCAGUCAGCUGAAACUACCAAUAGCAACAUUUUACCCACAGAUCAGGGUUUACGUUUGUGGCGUUACUUUGAAACUACGGCCUAUGCAAAAGUACGCAAAUCUCAGGAAUAUAUGGAAAGUGUUGCGGUGGAUUUAGUUUCUCAAAAGCUGGCUUUCUUCAAAGACACCUCAAUGGAUGCUACUGAAAAUCCCAGCUCCCUAAGUAGAACUUGUUUGAUAGAAGAAUAUUUAAAAAAUCCCAAUUUGGAUUUGUGUGAUGUGGUGGGUACAGCAGCCGAUUUAUUAUUGGCUGGUAUUGACACCACCUCCUAUACGACAGCCUUUGCUUUAUACCACAUUGCAAGACAUCCUUUGGCGCAACAAAGACUUUAUGAGGAGUCUUUAAAGAUAAUGAAAGAGCCAGAUGCUCCUAUAUUAAGCGAUAGUCUUAAUACGGGUAUACCGUUUACCAGGGCGGUGUUAAAGGAAGUGUUUCGUUUGAAUCCCAUAUCGGUAGGUGUGGGUCGUAUUUUAACCAGAGACUUAAUCUUGGGAGGUUAUCAUGUGCCUAAAGAGACUGUGGUGGUUACCCAAAAUAUGGUGGCUUGUCGUUUAGAGAGAAAUUUUAAGAAUGCUUUGGCUUUCCAGCCAGAGAGAUGGUUGAAUAAAGCCCGUAACUCUGUUAAUCCUUAUUUGGUUUUACCCUUUGGACAUGGCAUGCGUGCCUGUAUAGCACGACGACUGGCUGAGCAAAAUAUUUUAGUGUUAUUGUUAAGGUUUAUACGCAACUAUGAAAUAUCCUGGCAAGGUGAAGCUGAUGAUCUAGAUGUUGUUACAUUGUUGAUUAACAAACCAAGUGAACCCGUCAGCAUCAAAUUGAAACAGCGGAUGUAGCAUUUGAAUACAAACAUAUUUGAAAUUCAAAUUUCCAGCUUGAAUUUAAUUUGCAUUUUAAAGUAAACUAUUUGAUUCUUUUUGUUUAAAUGUUUUAUUUUUCUUUAUAUGAAUUUGUUGUUUUGUUUUGUAUUAUUGUUGGUUUACUAAAUGUUACGGAAUCUUAAAUAAUUGUUUGUAAAGUUAUUUUUUUAUUUCGGUUGUUAAAUUUAAAUUAAAAUAAGCUAUAAAAAAUUAUACAAAACUGAAAGAAAUUCAAAUUAUUUUAUAGAAGGCUUUUAUCAAGUGUUUAAUGUUUUAUUAUUUUUUUUUAUAAUUUUUUGUAUAUUUGAUGUUUUUGUUUAGUUAAAUAAAUAAUUGAUUAAUUGUAUUUACAUGUACGUACAAAAUAUAAAAGUAAAUGUUUUAAUUGAAAUGUU